AUGCGCUACGCCAACUACCUCGUCGCUUUCGCGGCCACAGCACUUGCUCUCCCGGCGCCACCCCAGGAGGAGCUUUUCACCAUCGAGCUCGAGGGCGGAGAACGUCGCGAGGUCACCGAAAUAGAGAAGUUCGCCCUCAAAGCCGAAGGUACAAACUUCUUCGACGUAACCUACUGGCCCGAGUUCACACCGGCAUCCAGCGACAUCCAGAAGCGCCAGGCCGUCACCUACCCCACCACCCUGACCCAGGGCACCUCUGUCAAGGCCCUCACUGCAAAACUUAGCAGCACCAACAUCCAGACUAACCUGCAGACCUUCAGCAACUACAACAACAGGUACUACCGCGCUACCACAGGACAGCAGUCCUCCGCCUGGCUCCUGUCCAAGGUGCAGAGCUAUAUUCCUUCAGGAUCGAAAGCGAGCGCGAAGGCGUUCUCGCAUUCUUGGACGCAGAGCAGCAUCAUCGCGACGAUUCCGGGAAAGAGCUCGAAGACAAUUGUCGUGGGUGCGCAUCUGGACAGCAUCAACGGUCAGAGCCCGACAAGUGGACGCGCGCCAGGUGCUGAUGACAACGGGUCCGGCAGCACCACCAUCCUGGAGGCCUUCCGCGCCCUCCUAACCAACAGCACCAUCGCCGCCGGCGGCGCGGCCCAAACAAUCGAGUUCCACUGGUACGCCGGUGAAGAGGCCGGCCUCCUCGGCUCCCAAGCAAUCUUCAACUCGUACUCCUCCGCCGGCCGCACCGUCAACGCCAUGCUUAACCAGGACAUGACCGGCUAUACCGCGGGCUACACCUCCAAGGGUCUCAGCCCAAAGUUCGGCGUCAUCACCGACAACGUCUCCGCAUCUCUUACUGCUUUCACGAAAAAGGUUAUUACGGCGUACACGAGCACCGCGUACGCGGAUGAUAAGUGCGGGUAUGCGUGCAGCGACCAUGCGAGUGCGACGCGUGCUGGGUUCCCUAGCGUUAUGAUUUAUGAGAGUGAGAUGGCGUAUGAGAACCCGUAUAUCCACACUGCGCAAGAUACAAUUGAUCGCAUUGACUUCACUCAUGCGCUGGAGCAUGCGAGGUUAGUAGUUGGGUGGGUGGUGGAGCUCGGUUUCGCGACUUUGUAGGAGGUGCAUUGGCCUGUCUUAUUGUAAUGUCGAUAUAUGAGUAAAGUAGUACAUACAAAAUUUGUCAUCGUCACGUCGUCCAGCUCCUUUACAGUCCCCAAAACUGGAGUCUAG